AUGGCGCAGAAAGAUCAGCUGGACCGAGAAACCUUCUCCUGUUCGAUCUGUCUGGAUCUACUGAAGGAUCCGGUGACUACUACAUGUGGACACAGCUACUGUAUGAGCUGUAUUAAAUCACACUGGGAUGGAGAAGAUCAGAGGAAGCGCUACAGCUGCCCUCAGUGCAGAGAGGCCUUCACACCGAGGCCUGCCCUGAAGAAAAACACCAUGUUAGCAGCUUUAGUGGAGCAGCUGAAGAAGACUGGACUCCAAGCUGCUCCUGCUGAUCACUGCUAUGCUGGACCUGAAGAUGUGGCCUGUGAUGUCUGCACUGGGAGGAAGCUGAAAGCCUUCAAGUCCUGUCUGGUGUGUCUGGCCUCUUACUGUAAGAAUCACCUCCAGUCUCACUAUGAAUCACCUACAUUUAAAAAACACAAGCUGGUGGAGCCUUCGAAGAAGCUCCAGGAGAACAUCUGCUCUCGUCAUGAUAAAUUGAUGGAGAUUUUCUGCCAUACUGAUCAGCAGAUUAUCUGUUAUCUCUGCACUAUGGAGGAUCAUAAAGGCCACAACACAGUCUCAGCUGCAGCAGAAAGGACUGAGAGGCAGAGAGAGCUCGAGGUGAGUCGAGUAAACAUCCAGCGGAGAAUCCAGGACAGAGAGAAAGAUGUGAAGCUGCUUCAACAGGAGGUGGAGGCCGUCAGUCGCUCUUCUGAUAAAGCAGUGGAGGACAGUGAGAAGAUCUUCACUCAGCUGAUCCGUCUCCUCCAGAAAAGAAGCUCUGAUGUGAAGCAACAGAUCAGAUCCCAGCAGGAAACUGAAGUGAGUCAAAUCAAAGAGCUUCAGGAGAAGCUGCAGCAGGAGAUCACUGAGCUGAAGAGGAAAGACGCUGAACUGAAGCAGCUCUCACACACAGAGGAUCACAACCAGUUUCUACACAACUACCCCUCAGUGUCACAACUCAGUGAACCUACAGACUCAUCCAGCAUCAAUAUCCGUCCUCUGAGAUACUUUGAGGAUGUGACAGCAGCCGUGUCAGAGCUCAGAGAUAAACUACAGGACAUCCUGAGGGACAAAUGGACAAACAUCUCACUGAGAGAGACUAAAGUGGACAUUUUACUGCCACAACCAGAACCAGAACCCAAGACCAGAGCUGAGUUCUUAAAAUAUUCAUGUGAAAUCACUCUGGAUCCAAACACAGCAUACACACAGCUGGUAUUAUAUGAUGGGAACAGAAAAGUAAAAGGGACAUUACAACAACAGUCUUAUUCUAGUCACACAGACAGAUUCUCUAGUUGGUGUCAGGUCCUGAGUAGAGAGAGUCUGACUGGACGUUGUUACUGGGAGGUGGAGAGGAGAGGAGGAGUUAAUGUAGCAGUUGCAUACAAGAAAAUCAGCAGAGCAGGAAGUGAAUCUAUAUUUGGACGGAAUGACAAAUCUUGGUGUUUAUAUUGUGACACUAACAGGUAUGUAUUUUCCUUCAACAACAGUGAAACUCCCAUCUCAUGUCCUGGUUCCUCCAGAGUCGGAGUGUACCUGGAUCACAGAGCAGGUAUUCUGUCCUUCUACAGCGUCUCUGAAACCAUGACUCUCCUCCACAGAGUCCAGACCACAUUCACUCAGCCUCUCUAUGCUGGACUUUGGGUUUAUGUUGGAUCCACAGCUGAGUUGUGUAAAGAAGUGAAGCUCAGACAGUUGUUGCCUCAGAGAGCUGAAAUGGCACAGAAAGAUCAGCUGGACCAAGAAACCUUCUCCUGUUCGAUCUGUCUGGAUCUACUAAAGGAUCCGGUGACUAUUCCCUGUGGACACAGCUACUGUAUGAGCUGUAUUAAAGGAUUCUGGGAUGGAGAGGAUCAGAGGAGGCGCUACAGCUGCCCUCAGUGCAGAGAGGCCUUCACACAGAGGCCUGUCCUGAAGAAAAACACCAUGUUAGCAGCUUUAGUGGAGCAGCUGAAGAAGACUGGACAUCAAGCUGCUCCUGCUGAUCACUGCUAUGCUGGACCUGAAGAUGUGGCCUGUGAUGUCUGCACUGGGAGGAAGCUGAAAGCCUUCAAGUCCUGUCUGGUGUGUCUGGCCUCUUACUGUAAGAAUCACCUCCAGUCUCACUAUGAAUCACCUACAUUUAAAAAACACAAGCUGGUGGAGCCUUCGAAGAAGCUCCAGGAGAACAUCUGCUCUCGUCAUGAUAAAUUGAUGGAGAUUUUCUGCCAUACUGAUCAGCAGAUUAUCUGUUAUCUCUGCACUAUGGAGGAUCAUAAAGGCCACAACACAUUCUCAGCUGCAGCAGAAAGGACUGAGAGGCAGAGAGAGCUCGAGGUGAGUCGACUAAACAUCCAGCAGAGAAUCCAGGACAGAGAGAAAGAUGUGAAGCUGCUUCAACAGGAGGUGGAGGCCGUCAGUCUCUCUGCUGAUAAAGCAGUGGAGGACAAUGAGAAGAUCUUCACUCAGCUGAUCCGUCUCCUCCAGAAAAGAAGCUCUGAUGUGAAGCAGCAGAUCAGAUCCCAGCAGGAAACUGAAGUGAGUCGAGUCAAAGAGCUUCAGGAGAAGCUGCAGCAGGAGAUCACUGAGCUGAAGAGGAAAGACGCUGAACUGAAGCAGCUCUCACACACAGAGGAUCACAACCAGUUUCUACACAACUACCCCUCAGUGUCACAACUCAGUGAAGCUACAGACUCAUCCAGCAUCAAUAUCCGUCCUCUGAGAUACUUUGAGGAUGUGACAGCAGCUGUGUCAGAGCUCAGAGAUAAACUACAGGACAUCCUGAGGGACAAAUGGACAAACAUCUCACUGACAGGGACUGAAGUGGAUGUUUUACUGUCAGAACCAGAACCAGAACCCAAGACCAGAGCUGAGUUCUUAAAAUAUUCAUGUGAAAUCACUCUGGAUCCAAACACAUUAAACACAUGGCUGUUAUUAUCUGAUGGGAACAGAAAAGUAGAACAUACUAAACAACAAAAGUCAUAUUCUAGUCACACAGACAGAUUCACUGAUUAUCCUCAGGUCCUGAGUAGAGAGAGUCUGACUGGACGUUGUUACUGGGAGGUGGAGAGGGGAGGAGGAGUUUAUGUAGCAGUCGCAUACAAGAAUAUCAGCAGAGCAGGAAGUGAAUCUAUAUUUGGACGGAAUAACAAAUCUUGGUCUUUAACUUGUUCCACUAACAGUUAUGUAUUUUACUUCAACAACAUUGAAACUCCCGUCUCAGGUCCUCGUUCCUCCAGAGUCGGAGUGUACCUGGAUCACAGAGCAGGUAUUCUGUCCUUCUACAGCGUCUCUGAAACCAUGACUCUCCUCCACAGAGCCCAGACCACAUUCACUCAGCCUCUCCAUGCUGGACUUUAUGUUGGUGGUGGAGCCACAGCUGAGUUGUGUAAAGUGAAAUAGACAGAAGUCAUUUCAGACUUCAUGUGUCAGAUGUUGUAAUUCUUCAUGUUUUUGUCUCCAUGUUUCUGAGCUGCUCAGAGAUCAGCUGACAUGCUAAUAGUGAUAUUCAACACUUUGUUUUACUUCAUGUAUGUGUUGUUGAUAUGAUCUGUUUAUUUAAAUAAAUAAAGAUGAUUUUUAUCAACA